AUGGAUAUUAAGUUAAGGCCUAUAGAUUUAAAAAACAAUAUUUGUCCAUUCCAAGACAGAUAUAAAUAUUUACAAAAAAUAUUCACAUCAUUAAAGAAAUAUUAUCCUCGCGAAAAUAUUCAUUCCAAACUAUCUGAAAAAUGUAAAUCCAUGGAGGUCAAUAUUGCCAAAAAAGCUAGAACAAAACAAAGUUAUAAUUUUCAAAUAAGUGUGUUACUUCGUGAUAUUAUUAAGUACAAAGGUGAUUUCAAAAAAAUACUAUCCAGUUCCUCGGUACCAACAUCAGCUAAUUCUGCUGUUAAUAAAAAAACUAUUUUGCAACAGUUAGAAACAAUGCUACUCAGUGAAGAUAUUCUCAAGCAAAACAAUUAUAUAAUGGAGGUUCCUAAUUUCUCCUUAGAAAGUCAAGCUGAUGAAAAUAAGGUUUAUGUUUCAUGUCGACGUUGUGAUACAAAAUUUAAAAGGGACCAAAUCAUGAAACCAACAAAGUGUCUAUACCAUUCCUUAAGAAAAGUUAGGAACAAAGACAAGAAAACAAUAAGUUUCCCAUGCUGUGGGGGUGAUGAAAAUAGUGUUGGAUGCACAGAAAGCAAAUUCCAUGUUUUCCAAGGCAUCACGGUUGAGGAAAUGAGUUUUAUCUCAGAGUUUAAAACUACGGAUGAUAUAGACGGCGAUGAAAACGUUUUAGCAUUAGACUGUGAGAUGGGAUACACCUCUAAAGGCUAUGAAAUGAUAAGGCUAACCAUCGUUGAGUUUUUCACCAAAAAAAUUGUUUAUGACAAAAUUGUACAAACCGUGGGGGAAGUUAUAGAUCUAAACUCUAAAUUUAGUGGAGUUCAUCAAAUUGAUUGUACAACGGCUCCUACAUUUGAAUUGGCACGAAAGGAAUUUUUAAAUAAAAAAUUAAUCAACAAAAAUAGUAUAUUAAUUGGGCAUGGUCUAGAAAAUGAUGUAAAUGUGAUGAGGAUAGUCCAUCGUAGGAUUAUUGACACUGCUAUUUUGUAUUCCAGUAACAAUAAGUUUAAAAUUAGUUUAAAAGAAUUAGCAUUUCAGCACCUAAGUAGGAGAAUUCAAACCGGUGAACACGAUAGCAGCGAGGAUGCUAUUGCAACAAUGGAUAUUAUAAAGAAAAAAAUAAACAUGCCGUAUGGAAAAGAAGAGUAA